AUGGCUGCACACAGGCAAUUAGUUCAAAGGCAACGUAUUCCACGUAAUUUUCGCGACAGAUCCAACCCACUUGAGGAAUUGACUGCAGAUGAAGUUUUCGCAAGAUAUCGUUUUCACCCAGACACUAUAAUGGAUCUCCUGCGACGACUGCCUGACUUAUCAUCACCAACGCAGAGGAACAUUCCUGUGCCACCCCUUCUUCAGGUGCUGGUGACCCUAAGAUUUCUCGGAACGGGUGCCACUCAUAUCCUAGUUGGUGAUGAUAUCAAGAUAUCGAGGUCAACAGCUGGGAGGUGCAUUAGGCGUGUAUCUUCACUCACUGCGGAAUUGGCACCACAGUUUAUUUCAUUUCCUAGAGGAGACCGGGCACGUCAAGUCAUGGUAGAAUUUUCCCAUAUUUCAGGAUUUCCAAGAGUAUUGGGCUGCAUAGAUGGAACGCACAUAAGAAUAACCAAACCAUCUGGGCCCCAGGAAGCAGAUUUUGUCAACAGAAAGCAGUACCAUUCUCUAAAUGUCCAGAUGGUCUGUGAUCCCUCUUUUAAAAUCAAAAGCAUCAGCUGUAACUGGCCAGGGGCUACUCAUGACAACAGGAUAUUUAAAAUGUCUGCAUUAUGUCAGCAAUUUGAACAAGGUGACCAUGAUGGCCUUCUACUUGGUGAUUCAGGUUACCAGUGCCGCCCAUUUCUCAUGACGCCUUUUGUAAAUCCUGCAAAUGAAAGUGAAAAGCGAUACAACAAUUCAUUAUGUAGGACCAGAGUGCUCAUAGAGCAGACAUUUGGCUUUCUGAAAAAGAGGUUCCAAUGUUUGUAUCUUCUUCGCACAAAACCAGAUGUGGCGGUUAUGUAUAUAAAGGCUGCAGUUACCCUACACAACUAUGGGAUAGAGAGGGGUGAGGUGCUGGAAGCCCAGCAGAAUGUUGUGCAGCAGGUGAAUGAUGUUGACCCUUGCCCUGCUGGGGGUGAUGGGUAUGCCAUGAGGGCUCACAUUGUGAGGACCUUCUUCUCCUAGGUGCCAUUAUCAUGACUCUUUGACUAUUGAAUUAAUGGUUGAUUAAUGAUGUAAAUAUCUUUCUGACAUAUACAGCAAAUAUACUUGCACAGUGUGCUGUUAAAGAGAGUACAGAUAUAAAUAAUUCUCCAGACAACUUAUCAACAGUUUGUUUAU